ACGGCGACGAUGGACGGGGAUAGAAUGGCCGGCAAACCGAACAGUGACAGUGCCAUGCUCGGGAGCAUAAGUCAUGGCCAUAGCCAUCACUCACACAACCACCCUGUGCCACGCCAUCCCUCGCACCAGCAGCAGCAGCAGCAACAGCCGAUACCACACCAUCCGCACCAUCACCACCACCAUCACCACCAUCACCAGCAUCACCAUCGUCCACCCUCGGACAGUCUGACGGAGGUUUCCGUGGUGGACAUUAACGCCUCGUUGGCCGCUUCGGCCCCUCUGAUAUCAGCCCACGGUGCGCCGCCGGCCGCGUGCCCGCUUCUCACGUCCAGCGGGACCUUGGCCGGCGGUGGCCCGGUUGCGGUCAGCUCGACCAGCACCACCACCGGCCACGUGCCCGGCUUCUGCAACAUUCUCAACGUCUCCAACAGCACCGACCUGCAGGCCGUGGCGUACAACUCGCUCACGCAGAACGUUCGCUGCAAAUCCCCACCGACGCUGGUCGAUAAUCUUAAGAACGGUACAAUCGGAAACUCCCAAAGCGCUCUCUGCAACGGAGCCAUCAUGACAAACGGGCAGACGAAGGACUCCAAUCUGGCGCACGGGCUGGUGCGCAAGGUGCUGAACAGUAGCGACGUCAACGGGCAGAAGAAACCAAUGGUAUCACUCACGCACCUACCAAAGAGGCCCCCGAUCGAUAUCCAGUUUAUCGACAUGUCGUACUCGGUUUCGGAGGGCCACAAGCGGGGCUACAAAACGAUUCUCAAGGGCAUCAACGGCAAGUUCCGGUCCGGGGAGCUGACCGCCAUCAUGGGACCGUCCGGUGCCGGCAAGAGCACGCUCAUGAACAUCCUCGCCGGUUACAAAACAUCACACCUCAGCGGGUCGGUGCUGAUCAAUGGCAAGGAUCGUAACCUGCGUAAGUUCAGGAAGCUUUCUUGUUAUAUCAUGCAAGAUGAUCGGCUGCUACCGUAUCUGACGGUGCGCGAGGCGAUGAUGGUGUCCGCCAACCUGAAGCUCGGCAAGGACAUCUCCGUGUCGGCGAAGCGCGCCGUCGUCGAGGAGAUCAUCGAAACGCUCGGCCUGUCUGACGCCGCCACCACGCUGACGCUCAACCUGUCCGGUGGCCAACGGAAGCGGCUCUCGAUCGCGCUCGAGCUGGUCAACAACCCGCCGGUGAUGUUCUUCGACGAACCGACCAGCGGCCUGGACAGCUCGACCUGCUCGCAGCUGAUCGCGCUACUCAAGUCGCUGGCCCGCGGUGGCCGCACGAUCGUCUGCACCAUCCACCAACCGUCGGCCCGCAUCUUCGAGCUGUUCGACAAUCUGUACGUGCUGGCCGAGGGGCAAUGCAUUUACCAGGGACGCGUCAACGGGCUGGUGCCGUUCCUGGCCUCGCUCGGCCUCGAGUGUCCGAGCUACCACAAUCCCGCCAACUAUGUCAUGGAGGUGGCGUGCGGUGAGCACGGCGACUGGAACAGCAAACUGGUGACGGCCGUCAACAACGGCAAGUGCAACAACUACAAUCAACCGCUGGCCCAAAGCAAAAGCUCGUCCCAGAAGAAUGUGUCCCUGGAGCAUCCGGGCACCCUCCUCCAGACAACGGUCGUGUCCGCGGUGCCGGCACCGGACUGUGAAGAGGAUCUCGCACUGCUCAAGACUGUUGUCGCCACCGGGGGGGACUACACCGCCAUCAGCAUGCCACCGCCGUCGACCGCCGCUGAGGCGCAGUUAAACAACGAAAGCAAACCACUGUCCGCCGGCGACCGAAACAACCAUCCGAAUGGAGCUUCUACGGGGAGCUUGGACGCACCCACCGCCGCGGCAACCGUCACGAUCGGUACCAGCGCCGGACCGGGAACGGAUGCGGCGACGGGUCCACUCCUGCCGACGGCGACGCUUCCGCUCGGUACAACCAUUGUCCCUAUGGCUGCCAGCACUUGCAGCAAGGCCACCUGCACCACCUCGCUGCUCGACUCGACCGAAAGCGUCAGCAUCACGGUGCCGAAGAAGCAGGCCGGCUUCCCGACGUCCGGCUGGAUGCAGUUCUGGAUCCUGCUCAAGCGCACCAUGAUCACGAUCAUGCGCGACCAGACGCUCACGCAGAUGCGCCUGCUGUCGCACGUCAUCGUCGGCGCGAUCAUCGGCAUGAUCUACUACGACAUCGGGAACGAUGCGUCGAAGAUCAUGAGCAACGCCGGGUGCAUCUUCUUCACCACCAUGUUCACCAUGUUUACCGCCAUGAUGCCCACGAUACUGACCUUUCCCACGGAGAUGGCGGUGUUUGUGCGGGAACACCUCAACUACUGGUACUCGCUGAAGUCGUUCUACUUCGCCAAGACGAUCGCGGAUCUUCCAUUUCAGGUACUGUUCACCAGCGUUUACGUGAUCGUCGUCUACUAUCUGACUUCACAGCCGAUGGAUCCGGUGCGGGUCGGCAUGUUCGUGCUAAUCUGCAUCCUGACGUCGCUCGUCGCCCAGAGCCUCGGGCUGCUGAUCGGCGCCGGCAUGAGCGUCGAAACGGGCGUCUUUCUGGGGCCGGUGUCCACCAUCCCGAUCAUCCUGUUCUCGGGCUUCUUCGUGAACUUUGACGUCAUUCCGAGCUACCUCCAGUGGGUGACGUACGUCAGCUACGUCCGGUACGGCUUCGAGGGCGCGAUGGUGUCCGUGUACGGGAUGGACCGCGCGAAGCUCGCCUGCACCGAGAUCUACUGCCACUUUCGCAGCCCGAAGAAGUUCCUCGAGGAGAUGUCGAUGGACAACGCGGAGUACUGGAUCGAUGCGACCGCCCUGUUCGGGUUCUUCAUCUCGCUACGCGUCAUCGCGUACUUUGUGCUGCGCUGGAAGCUGCAUUCCAUUCGUUAAACCGUGACCGUGACGUCAAUCGUCCAGUGCGCCGCUAGUGAUGUUCCGCUUGUAGUUCACGCUCACCGGCGGCGACCACGCUCGCUAUUGAGCCCCUUACUCUCUCUCUCUCGAACAUGUGAUGUGUGCUUCUUGUGCUAACCCCCCGUUCUUGUGGUCUCAACUGCAACGUCCCCGCCGAAAACCCGAACACACCGACAGACACACCGUAGACAGCAACGUAGCAGCAACAACGUAGUCUAGCCCGCACGGCUCCACGGCCUCUUAUGGACUGCGCAGCUCGGCCCGAAACACGCCCCGCCCGAGUAACAGACCGCACCCGGCCACCAAAAAAGACACCUCUAACUCUAAGCUUUCCGCGGACCCUAUCUCGGUAGAUUGAUGUCGAUUUUUUGCUCGUUUUCCUGGUAGAGUGGUGUGUAUUAACUACAGUUUUACAACCGUAUACAGGCCAAUCCCCCAGUAAACAGUGGCUGCAGCAGCAGCAGCAGCAGAGACAGUCGGUAGACGGAUAAUAUACACAUCUUUUCCUAUUCUCGUAUACAACAAGCGCGCUAGGCCAGGCUUUAUAGUGGAUCCUCGCUAGCUUUAGCACGUAGAGGGCGUAGGGCGUAGGGCAAUCCGUGUCGUGGUCGUGACUUCACCCUUCCGAACACAUUUCCCCCAAACGCUCAUACAGAAACACACUGUACAACACACACAGACACACCCUCCAGAGGGUCAGAGCCAUCCACAGCCAUCACUCUCAAUACGCAAUCGCAAUCACCCCGUGUCGGUGUCCUUUCAAGCAAAAGUAUUACUCCCGUAGUAUUUAUACACACCGGUCCUAAGCUCCUGCCGAAAGCCUAGUCCGUGCCCCGAGUGGCGCUGCGCAAACGCAAGAAGAGCACGUCGCGCUGCUUAGUCAAAAGUUCUUCAGUUCCGCGGUGCUGUACUGAAUCGAAAGCAGACGC